AUGGGUGAAAGACCAUUUGAUGAUGGCGAAGAGGAAGACCAGUGGUGGCAGCAACUACCGUUAGUCCCAGCAGUAACAGGUGUGCUUCUACGUCAACAGAACCGCCGACGGUGGAAGCCAACUGCAUUAGCACAGAUGUUUGCCCGUCUUCCCAGACUCCAGGAUAUUUACUACGAGCCUUGGAGAGAAUGUCCAAUCCGUAUCCCGACCUCUGAUGUCAGCUACGCAGUCGCCAAAGCCAGUCUCAAGCUUGAGUACCUCUCAGCAUAA